AUGGUAAGAGGCCCCCGUAAACACUUAAAAAGACUUAACGCCCCAAGAUCUUGGAUGUUAGAUAAAUUAGGCGGUGCAUUUGCCCCCCGUUCUCGUUGUGGACCCCAUCAAUUAACAGCUUCUCUUCCUCUCUGCUUAAUUAUCAGACGUAAACUAAGCUUUGCUAAGAAUACCAAAGAAAUUGAUUAUAUCUUACGUAGUAGAAUGGUCAAAGUAGAUGGUAAGCCUAGAUUAGAUAAGAAAUAUCCAGCUGGUUUUAUGGAUGUAAUAAGCAUUCCAAAAAUCAAAUCUCACUAUCGCUUACUCUAUAACGUCAAGCGCAAGUUCUGUUUAAAGCAGAUUACAGAGGAAGAGUCCAAGUUUAAACUCUGCAAAGUCGUUGCUAAGCGAAUGGAGAACAAAGGUAUUUUAACUAUUCAUACUGGAGAUGGUCGGACUAUUAAGUACGCCGAUCCAGACAUUAAGAUAGGAGAUACGAUUAAGUUUAAUUUAGAUACGCAAGAGAUGGAAGAGUUUUACUCCUUUGGUACAGGUAUGACUGGCUAUGCUUUCCGAGGUAAGAAUAUGGGUUGUGUGGGUAUUAUUAGGGAGAUUAAGUCGCAUGUAAGUGGGUUUUUAAUGCUUAAUAUGGAAGACUUAAACGGUCGGAUGUUUAUUACUCGGGCGGAUAAUGUUAUGGUGAUUGGUCAGAAUGGAGAGAGUCUUAUCUCUUUACCUGAUGAUAUGGGUAUUAAACCUAGUAAGAUGGUUGAGAGUAAUUUGGUUUAUGGCGAGAUUAUGGAAGAUGGUGGAGAGAAUGAAGAUCUUUCUCUUUCUUCUGAGGAUGAGAGUGAUCUUUCUUCUAUUGAUGAGUAG